GUGGCGAUCAUUCAUAGUUUGAACUCACUGACGGAAGGUGGUUACACGUAAAGACCUUUGACUUGGAAAAAGGACAUUUUUGUGAGAGUGAAAAAUUAGACAGGAAAUUAUUGCUAAUUUCCAUAUGUUUGCACUAUACACGGUUGCAGCAAAGGGAAAAAAAGUGUGAUUAAGAAGUAGUGAUAACACAAGAAACUGAAGAGAUUGGAUCGUGAGGCUAAUUUUCAGAAAACUUCGACCACCAUGGAAAAAUCAUCGCGACCUGUGAGAAAUCGCAAGCGGAGUAGGAAGGUAUGGCCACCAGGUGACAUCCACCGACCGAUUAAGCGACUCUUCACACCGGAAAUCAAACGCAUGCUCAAGGAUUGGCUCGUGCGACGCCGGGAAAAUCCUUACCCAAAUCGGGAGGAGAAGAAACUGCUGGCCUACGAGACGGGUCUCACCUAUACCCAAAUCUGCAAUUGGUUCGCCAACUGGCGACGAAAGCUCAAGAAUUCAGGCAAUGAUCCAAUCAAGAAGACCUGGUGCAAUCUCAUCAAGAAUUACAACACAAACGCCAAAGGCAACGUGGAACAGUUUAGCAUUUGCUCGGAGGAUAGCAUUUGGGGUGAGAAUGGCGAAGACUCGCAAGGCUCGAGAUCGCCUCCGGACAGUUUUUCCAAGCGACAAUACCCGUCCUACACUAGCAGCAAUAACAAUAACAACAACAGCAAAGGAUUCGUAAACUACAUGAAGUAUAUGGAGAGAAGGAACAGCGAAACAUCGGACGACGACAGGCCCGGCAACUAUUCGGGCAACAUGUUUCGUGACCAUAGCUAUACUCCAAAGAACUACAAUGCAGUUUUCGGACUGCCCGGACAGCCUCAAUGCUUUCAGGUAACGUCCACCACCGAGGAAUGCCCUGCUGAUUUCAACUGUAACACUAGUUCAAUCAUUGCGACCAAUUUCCCGAACGCAUACCGAGGGGAAAAUGGUACUUUUUACCUGACACCCAGUACAACUGUAUCCCCCUCAAUCAACCACAAAAGUACGAACAAGUACAAAAGUAGCAUCAUGGAAAAGUAUCUCCGUGAUCUUAAUGAGAUCGAUCCAGAAUCGGAACCUGCCAACAACGGUUGUUCAACAUCACCGAAUCCCUUCCAGCAAAUGGCGGCCCAAUCGCAGUCGAACACAGCCCCCGUAGCUCAAAUGAGUUGUGAAACUCGAGGCCCUCCUUCCCUCUCGAAGUGGCUGGAAAGUACAGCCAAAUUCACUCCAUCAAAGAAUAACUACAUCGAUUGGGAUCAACCAGGAAGACCGUCCUCUUCGAAGAAACGUUGCCAUUCUAAUUCGUUCCACCAACAUCAACCAACAGAUGAGGAAGGCCACCAUCGCGCAACUUCGCAGCCCCCGCAGGAAAUCGAUGACACCGGUGAGUUUGGAAUACACCAGAAAGAUGAGAUUGAUGCUGCGGAAGCGUUGACCCGGUUGGCAAACAAUUUCCGAAUGAAGUUUUACACCUGAGAACGAUAGCAGAAGGGUAAUACGUAAAGUUACAGCAAACGGCGAUAGCAUUCCUGAACAAGCUUAGAGACAUUAUGAGUAGUUAUUAAUGAUAGUUAAAUAUUAUAUGGAAUGAAGAACUAUAGGAACAAGCAUAUUUUGAGUGUGAAUGUAGUAGAAAUUGUUGCAAUGUUAAAUUUUAAUGAUUCGAAAAGAAACUUAGGCUCAGAAUAUUUAGAU